GGGGCGGAGGAGCUGCUCUGUGAGUGCAAGUCCGUGGACUCUGUCAGAGAUUCUCAAGUCGGAGCAGAGGUGGCUGGCGGGCCCACCCGAUUCCUUUCCACUGCCUGCUUUUUCGGACAGGAGUCACGGCUGCUCUGAGGGGCAUAGUCCCGGACACCAGGGUGCCACGCACGCGCUGAAGCCCCUAGUGCUCUCGAGGCUUCCAGCUAAUCAUGCCCCAGCCGCCCGCAGCUGCCUUGUCGCUGCCCGUGCUGCUGCUGCUACUCCUGGUGGUGCGGACGCCGUCCCCGGCUGGCGCGCGGCCAUCCCUAGGCCCCGAUUACCUGCGGCGCGGCUGGCUACGGCUGCUGGCGGAGGGCGAGGGCUGCGCUUCCUGCCGGCCAGAAGAGUGCGCCUCGCCGCGGGGCUGCCUGGCCGGCCGGGUGCGCGACGCGUGCGGCUGCUGCUGGGAAUGCGCCAAUCUCGAGGGCCAGCUCUGCGACCUGGACCCCAGUGCCCACUUCUACGGGCGUUGCGGCGAGCAGCUUGAGUGCCAGUUGGACGCUGGUGGCGACCUGAGCCGCGGAGAGGUGCCCGAGCCGCUGUGUGCCUGCCGCUCGCAGCGCCCUCUCUGCGGUUCCGACGGCCGCACCUACGCUCAGAUCUGCCGCCUGCAGGAGGCGGCCCGCGCUCGGCCGGACGCCAACCUCACCGUGGCGCACCCCGGGCCCUGCGAAUCGGAGCCCCAGAUUGUGUCGCAUCCAUAUGACAUUUGGAACGUGACGGGGCAGGAUGUGAUCUUUGGCUGUGAAGUGUUUGCCUACCCCAUGGCUUCCAUUGAGUGGAGAAAGGACGGCUUGGACAUUCAGCUGCCAGGGGAUGACCCCCACAUCUCUGUGCAGUUUAGGGGUGGACCCCAGAGGUUUGAGGUGACGGGCUGGCUGCAGAUCCAGGCUGUGCGUCCUAGCGAUGAGGGCAUCUACCGCUGCCUGGCCCGCAAUGCCCUCGGCCAGGUUGAGGCCCCAGCUAGCCUGACAGUGCUCACACUGGACCAGCUGAACUCCACAGGCAUCCCCCAGCUGUCAUUCCUGCACCUUUUUCCUGAGAAGGAGGCUGAGAGUGAAGAGGCCGAGGAUUACUACUAGGUCCAGAGCCGUGGCCCAUGGGGGUGGGUGAGUGGGGAUAGUUUUCAACCCUGCUCUUGAAAAGAUCUAGAAAGGGGGAGCAGGGCCCCUUCACAGAUCGCUUUAAUGCCCUUAGUAGGGGAGAUGUGAUGGUGGUGGGAGAGACAAAAGUUGGAGGGUAAGGAGAGAGGCAGCGACUAGGGGAGGUGGGAUGCAGAGGGGCCCAUGCAGGAGGUGCUCUGGCCAGGACAGUCUCCUGUGUGGACCAACCAGGCAUUAGGCAAUAGCUGCCUGCUGGUCUCUAG